GUCCACAUAAAAUCUAUUUGCAUCUGCACUUGCCUUUUUUUCUUUUGGACUUUAGUGUAUAUUGUCUAACCCUUCAUGUUCCAUGACAAGAAAAAGAGAGAAUAAAAAGGGAAAGAGAGCUAGCUAGUCACAACCAAGUACUUCAAAACCCACAAGGCCACAACUCUCUUUCAAGCCCUUCCUUCAGGUAAAGUUUAAAAAAAUGGAGGAUCACUGCAGUCCUCUUAGCUUGGCUUAUUUCUACCAAGAUGAGGGUAUUGAAGAGUUGAGAUAUUGUCUCUUGUACAUAACAGAGCUAGAGGCAACAAUUUUUUCGGCUAAGGAGGAGAUUGAAAGAAGAGAAGUUGAGAUGGUUCAUCUCAAAGAUCUUUUAAGCAAGGCUAUUGAAGAAAGAAAUGAAGCCCAAGUAGAAUGCCAAAAGCUAAUGUCUGAAAAAAUUGCUCUCCAGCAACUAGUUCUUAAAAAACAGAAGGAGCCUCAAAAUCUGCAGAUUCAGCAGCAGCUACUGCUAAAAGAAGAAAUUCAAAACCUCAAACGCGAAACUCCUCCUCCACUCUCUGGAUCUUCUAGCAGUGAAAAUGGUGACUCCCACAAUCACAUAGCCCCUCUUGGUCCUUGCAAAAUCAUAGUUUCUUCACAGUUUAGUGACCCAAUUCACCAGCAACCAGUGCCUGAAGUGAUACAAAAAUUAGCAGCAGAUAGGCCAUUGCCUGAGAAAGGGAAGCUUCUGCAGGCAGUGAAGGAAGCUGGACCUUUGUUGCAGACCCUUCUACUGGCUGGACCUCUCCCUCAAUGGCAGCACCCACCUCCACAACUAGACUCCAUUGAGAUCCCACCUGUGACCAUUUCUCCGGCAGCUCGAUUAAUUUACCAAGACUCUUUCAACAAUUUGAGUGCUUGUUUGAGCAAGAAGAGGGGUCUAGACCUCUGUGAGUCAGGUCCUGAUUCUUCUUCUCCUAAAACCAAGCAUCAAAAGCUUGCUCUCCAUUGACCAGAACUUAGACAUAAAAUUUCUAGUAUAUAUCCAUAUAUAUGCCCAUCCUUUUAAUUCUGUUACACAUUGAUAAGGUAAUCAGAAUGAAAUGAAUGGCUAGAUAGCUAAUAGCUAUCAUGUUUAAGUCCGAAAAAUUUUGAUCUAUUUUUCUCUUAGAAUGGAAAA